CCAAAGCAGCAGCCCGGGCAGCUUUCAGAAUGACAGUCUGCAGAAGUGAGCGAGCGUGUGCGCGCUGAGAGGCUCCCUGCCCUCCGGGCUCCGCCGCGGCUGUGGCUGAACUGGGUGCUCGCCGCGGGAGCCGCCGGGUAUGGAGUACAGAUGUGGCGGCUCAGGUAGCCCACGCUGCCUGAAGGAAUACAUCAUGCAUUCUGAUAAGAAGAGAUUGUAAAGACCAGUUUUUGUAACCCCCUUCCUCAGAAAAAAAAAAAAAAAAAACCUGUAAAGAUGCAAAAACGUAAUAUCCAUGAAGACCCUAUCACCUAGGAAGAUUUCGAUGUUUUGCUGCGAUUGCGGUAUUGGGAUUUAUUUGUUCUUGGAGUGUUCUGCGUGGCUGGUAAAGAAUAAUGUUCCAAAAUCGGUCCAUCUCCCAAGGGGUCCAAUUUUUCUUCCUGGGUGUCAGCGAGCCCUGACUCACUACGGUGCAGCUGACAAGGGCUGUCAUGCAAGUGGCCCCUAAGCCAGAGCGAAAGACCUAAAGACGACCUUUGAACAAUACAAAGGAUGGGUUUCAAUGUAAUUAGGCUACUGAGCGGAUCAGCUGUAGCACUGGUUAUAGCCCCCACUGUGUUACUGACAAUGCUUUCUUCUGCCGAACGAGGAUGCCCUAAGGGCUGUAGGUGUGAAGGCAAAAUGGUAUAUUGUGAAUCUCAGAAAUUACAAGAGAUACCCUCAAGUAUAUCUGCUGGUUGCUUAGGUUUGUCCCUCCGCUAUAACAGCCUUCAAAAACUUAAGUAUAAUCAAUUUAAAGGGCUCAACCAGCUCACCUGGCUCUACCUUGACCAUAACCACAUCAGCAAUAUUGACGAGAAUGCUUUUAAUGGGAUACGCAGACUCAAAGAAUUGAUUCUGAGCUCCAACAGGAUCUCCUAUUUUCUGAACAAUACCUUCAGACCUGUGACCAAUCUGAGGAACUUGGAUCUGUCCUAUAACCAGCUGCAUUCCCUGGGAUCUGAGCAGUUUCGGGGCUUGCGGAAGCUGCUCAGUCUGCACUUACGGUCCAACUCUCUCAGAACCAUCCCUGUGCGAAUAUUCCAAGACUGCCGCAACCUGGAACUUUUGGACCUGGGAUACAACAGGAUCCGAAGCUUAGCCAGGAACGUCUUUGCUGGCAUGAUCAGACUCAAAGAACUUCACCUGGAGCACAACCAAUUUUCCAAGCUCAACCUGGCCCUUUUCCCAAGGUUGGUGAGCCUUCAGAACCUUUACUUGCAAUGGAAUAAAAUCAGUGUCAUAGGACAGACCAUGUCGUGGACCUGGAGCUCAUUACAAAGGCUUGAUCUGUCAGGCAAUGAGAUCGAAGCUUUCAGUGGACCCAGUGUUUUCCAGUGCGUCCCAAAUCUGCAGCGCCUCAACCUGGAUUCCAACAAGCUCACAUUUAUUGGUCAAGAGAUUUUGGAUUCUUGGAUAUCCCUCAAUGACAUCAGUCUUGCUGGGAAUAUAUGGGAAUGCAGCAGAAAUAUUUGCUCCCUGGUAAACUGGCUGAAAAGUUUUAAGGGUCUGAGGGAGAAUACAAUUAUCUGUGCCAGUCCCAAAGAGCUGCAAGGAGUCAAUGUGAUCGAUGCAGUGAAGAACUACAGCAUCUGUGGCAAAAGUACCACGGAGAGGUUUGAUCUGGCCAGGGCUCUCCCAAAACCAACGUUUAAGCCCAAGCUCCCCAGGCCCAAGCAUGAGAGCAAGCCCCCUGUUCCCCCCACCGUGGGAGCUACAGAGCCUGGCCCAGAGACGGACGCCGACACGGAGCACAUCUCUUUCCACAAGAUCAUCGCGGGGAGUGUGGCCCUUUUCCUGUCCGUGCUUGUCAUCCUGCUCGUGAUCUAUGUGUCAUGGAAGCGGUACCCGGCGAGCAUGAAGCAGCUGCAGCAGCGCUCCCUCAUGCGAAGGCACAGGAAAAAGAAAAGGCAGUCGCUUAAGCAAAUGACUCCCAGCACCCAGGAAUUCUAUGUAGAUUAUAAGCCCACCAACACAGAGACCAGCGAGAUGCUGCUGAACGGGACGGGACCCUGCACCUAUAACAAGUCAGGCUCCAGGGAGUGUGAGAUACCUUUAUCAAUGAAUGUGUCAACCUUUCUGGCAUACGACCAGCCCACAAUAAGUUACUGUGGGGUGCACCACGAGCUGCUCUCUCAUAAGUCCUUUGAGACGAAUGCACAGGAAGAUACGAUGGAAACACAUCUAGAGAGUGAGCUGGACCUGAGCACAAUCACAGCAGCUGGCCGGAUCAGUGACCAUAAACAGCAGCUGGCUUGACGGAGCUGAUCCGGAGCCAGUGUUUGUACUAAACUUGGUAACCUCAAGGACAAAAUGAGGAAGAUUUGUUCAUUGUGACUCUCAAAGCAAAGCAAAAACCCCCUGUUCAAAUAAACAAAAAUCCAAGAUUGAUUCAUGAAAUAAAGAAGACAUGAAUUGUUUCAAGUCUACACUUUGUAAUUAGCUAAGUUGUGCAGUAUUUUUUUGACUUAAACAGAGUAUGACCCUGAAAAAAAGGAAAAAAUCGUUUUUUCAAAACUCAUCCUACCUAUGUGUAAAAACUGUACAGAGCUAAUGUAUUUUUCAUAUUGUAAAAUUUCGAUGAUAGAAACAACUGGUAUGUACAGUACCAUAAUUUAAUUACAUUUUACUUUACCAACUUUACACAUUUCAGUUUCUAAGAUUUUAAAUUAACAAAAAUUAUUUCUUGUGUUAUUCAGAGUUACUCAGUUUUGUAGGGAUUGUUUUGUUACCGCUUUUGUGCCCAGAAAACUUGACUCUAAAAUUCUGUGCUGUGCGAAACAUGCACGCUUUUUAUCAUGCUUACUGCGUAGAAUUUUAUCUACUUGUUCCAGAAAUAAUACAUUAACCAAAAAGGAUUUAAUUGUUCAGACUUGUAAGAGGUUCUUCAAUUACAUAGACAGGUUUUUCUUAUAAAUGAAAAAAAAAAAAACAGAUUUUUUUUUUUAACAGUUCUUCUCAGACUUAACUGUUGCCUUGAAUUACAGCCUCGUUUCUAAGCAGUGAAAUGUAAUGAUAAAGAGGGAUAUUUUAACAACGCAUUUCGAAUGAAUGACUCAUUAUUUCAUGCUUUUGAGUAACCCUUGUUAAGGGUGGGGGGAGCGUGGACAAAACAUCACUGGAAACAAAGGCUGUAACCACAGCAACAGACUUUGGUACACUUAAAAGGUGCAGCUGCCAGUGACAAAGAAAAACUUUUGUUACAUCUCAUUAUUUUCAGACCAAGGUGGGAGGAGAGAGCAUAAUAAUUGUACAGUAGCAGUUUUUCUCCUAAUUAACCUAAAGUGGUUUACCUAAAAAUAACCAUCAGUCAAUGUGAAAUGUGCCUGGUUCUCAAGACAACUUUUCAUUUAGAACUGUGAGACUAUAUUUUGGGAACACCUCAGAGAAAAAAAGUAAGAAUUUUUUCUUAUUGUGUGCUACAUCAAUUCUCUCCUGAGGGAGAACUUUAAAUAUCUACAGCUCAUUUGAUAUAGAUAUGAGCCAGGGUGGAGAACGUCAUCACUCCAGGAGACUGUAAACAUCUUUAAUAUGCUCUACAUUUUUAUAAUGCCAUCCACAGUGGAAUCCUGCUCCAAAUUGUCUUAAAAGUCAUUCAGAGUAAUUGGAUCCCAGUCCAGAUCAUAUAUUGAUUAUGUGAUUGUACAUAAAGUUAAUUCAAUCUAAUUGAGAAAACCUGACUUUUAAUCAAUUUGUUUCUGUUGUUCACCUGACACAGGUUAUUGUUUCAAAAUAUUGUUAUUUUUAUCUAUGGAAAUCACACAUUCCUUUCAGUUCUUGAGGACUUUUUAAAUAUAAAAAUGCAAGUUUUGACUACUGUUGCACUUGAACAAAUGCUUUUAUGUUGUCAUUUUAUAUUUAUAACACCAAAAACAGAAUGAGAAUAUAUCAAUCUAACAGAGGUCGAAUACAAUCAAACCAACAAAGAAAACAACUGGUGAAAAACAAUGUCGAACAAUUUCUUUGUCUCUUUCAAAAAAUUAUGUUUACAAAUAUUUAGUUUUAUUCAGGUGUAUCACAGUAAAUUGAAGAUCAACUCCAAGAAGAAUGAGCUUAAAAACUACAGAGGAAAUUUUUGUUGAAAAUAUACACUCAGGAAGAAAAAAAGAAUGCAAACUAUUGGAAGAAGCAAACUAUUAACACCAUACCAAGCACUUGUAUCAAAUACAUAGCAGCCCACAUUUUAUAACAUAUUUUGCAUACAUUAUUUGUUAUUCAAAAUUUUUUGCCAUUUCAAGCCUAAUUAUAAUUCUUAUUUUUUCAAUUUCUAUAAUGUAUUAUUCAGAGUAUCCUUAAUCCCUUACAUUGAGGCUUGGUUUUGCACAAAAUUUAUAGAGAGUUGUAAAUCUAUUAUUUUUGGAUCUGAAAUCUCAUACAAAAUUUUAUUUAUUACAUAAAUUAAAAUGUCAUUUGCAAUUUUCUUCAUUAGAAGCUAUCCUUGCAAAGACUUCAAAGGAGAAAUUCAUUUGUGUAAUAAUUGUAAACACAUUUCUAGACACUUGCAAACUGACAAAUGAUUUUUCGAGAUUUUAGAGUUCCAAAGAACCUUACAGAUACAUGUCUUCUUGAUUUCCUCAGGCAAAGCACUUUUUUUGUGUGUGGCAGGGUCUUGCUUGCAGUUCAGGCUGGCCUU